GAGAUCUUGGAGAUUGUCGACGUACCGCUCGCGCGCAAUAGUUGGGCCCAUCUGUUGGCCGUCCUUCGUCGCACCUUUGACAUCGCUGUUCCCGCUUUCGACCCCCAGACUUGGGCUUCGGCGAUGGAGGUUCGCUUUGGCUCGGACUGGGCGGCCGCAUGUCAGUCACCUCGCAGCUUUCCUGCACUCUGGCAGCCCCUCCUACUGCGGCAUUCCUUGCACCUGCCCGCGCAGCACGCCGACAUCCGCAGCCUCCACGCGUGUCACGCCUUUCUCGUGGGCCUGGGCAUUCCCAUUUCGUUCAACACGUGGCAGCGCGUUCGCGCCAUGGCUCUCCACGCCCAUCCAGCUAGUCUUCCAGAUCUUUCUCCUCCAGCUCUGGCCCGCUUGCUCUGGGCAUUGCAUGGUCCUGCCGCUGCCGCGCCUGCUCACUGCCCUGACGACACCUUUGCGGCUGGACUGCAACACCUCCACGACUUUCUUUUCCGUUCCGCCCCAGCAGAUGCUCCCCAGCCGCUCCCUUCGCAGCCACCUCGUCGCCCCAUUUGCCGCCGCGCCCUCCGGGCGCGCCUCCUGACUACUGCCAAUACUUUGCAAGACCUGGCCGCUGCCUCCAUUGCUCCUCAUCCAUUGCCGCCCUCCGACCUUUCCGGGCGUUUGCUCGAGCUGUCCCACGGCUUGCAGGAUGUGCUGCUUCGUCUACCUCCCUCCACUUCUGUGCGGGCAGCCAGCCUAGCCAAUCUCCGGCCACGCAAACGUGCCCGGAUCGGGCCACAACCUCCGGCUACAUCCUCAUGA